CUUUGCUUCGGGCUGAAAACUUCUACACAAACACUGAUCUCGUUGGUUCACAUGUUGUGUGCGUGCGUGCGUGCGUUUUGGUUGUGGAGCUGUUUGGUCUCCAGUUCCUAUUGUCGUGUGUAUAAACACAUGUGGGCGGAGCUCAAAGUGACAUUUUACUGCAUCAAAGCUGUUUUUGCAAAGCGAGAGGCGACGAGAGGCCGAGUCACACCCUGCACUGUUUCAACAGACCCGUGCGUGUGUGUGCGUGUGUGUGUGUGUGUGUGUGUGUGUGUGUGUGUGUGUGUGUGUGUGUGUGUGUGUGUGUGUGUGAUGCCUUCAGGACAGCUCUGUAAACGACACAUUCCUCUGCAGCCACAUGUGUUUGUAUUUAAGUUUCCAGUUCUUCUUCUGGCGACUAUAGAAGAGACGCGCCUUCAGUUUGACUGUUAUGACAUCAGGGGGGGGGGGGGCGGAGCCUAACAUACAACCUUAAAGUGCAUCGUCUGCUCAGCAACGAUAAAUCGUCUGAUCUGAAUCUGAUUGAACGUGUCACUUUUGAGUUUUGCAGACGUUGUGGAAUAUGAUAUGAAGAAUCAAAGAAUUAGAUAAAUCCACAGAUUAAUCCAUAAUGAGAAUAAUCAUUAGUGACUUCAUGAAGGGAAAGAGUUACGUCUUGUGGGAACCAACCGGAGAGCGUAGAACUCCACCAAGGAUGAAGAACCCCUCGACCCCCAAGAGGAAGACGGGACUCAGGCUCCCCAAGGAAGUGUUCGAGCAGCCGGCGCCUGCCGCAGUACCCCCCAGAGAUUUGGAUUCCAAAGCUUGUGUGACCAUCGGAGAAAAGAACUUCGAGGUGAAGGCCGACGACCUGGAGCAGAUCGGCGAGCUCGGCCGCGGCGCGUACGGCGUCGUGGACAAGAUGAGGCACGUGCCCAGUGGCCUCAUCAUGGCCGUGAAGCGGAUCCGGGCCACGGUGAACACUCAGGAGCAGAAGCGUCUGCUCAUGGACCUGGACAUCUCCAUGAGAACAGUGGACUGUUUCUACACGGUCACAUUCUACGGAGCGUUGUUCAGAGAGGGCGACGUGUGGAUCUGCAUGGAGCUGAUGGACACGUCGCUCGACAAGUUCUACAAGCAGGUGAUCGAGAAGGGCCUGAGCAUCCCCGAGGACAUCCUGGGGAAGAUCGCCGUCUCGAUAGUAAAAGCUCUGGAGCAUCUGCACAGUAAUCUGCAAGUCAUUCACAGAGACGUGAAGCCCUCCAACGUGCUGAUCAACACUCAGGGCCAAGUGAAGAUGUGCGACUUCGGCAUCAGCGGCUACCUGGUCGACUCCGUGGCCAAAACCAUGGACGCCGGCUGCAAACCCUACAUGGCGCCGGAGAGGAUCAACCCCGAGACGAACCAGAAAGGCUACAACGUCAAGUCGGACAUCUGGAGUUUAGGAAUCACGAUGAUCGAGCUCGCCAUCCUGCGCUUCCCGUACGACUCGUGGGGAACGCCCUUCCAGCAGCUGAAGCAGGUGGUGGAAGAGCCUUCGCCCCAGCUUCCUGCCGAGCAGUUCUCCCCGGAGUUUGUGGACUUCACCUCUCGGUGCUUAAAGAAAGUUUCCAAAGAGAGGCCGAACUACACAGAACUCAUGCAACUUCCCUUCUUCACGUCCCACGAGGCCAAAGACACGGACGUGGCGAGCUUCGUCAAAGUCGUCCUGGGCGACUGAGGGCGGGCGCCGCUCGCCCGUCAGCGCAAGGAGAGAAAGGAAACAAACCAGAAGCCCCAGUUACCUGCAGGACCCCGCCCCCACACCUCCACCUCCAUCUCGCCAUGCUCCCACCCCCUCCCUCCACAGACAGACAUAAUCCGGCAAAGCAGAGCGAGGAGUCGGUCUCACACGUAAUCUGGAAUAAUCUAAGAUGCUUUGAUGCAAAAGCUCUUUUUUCCUCUUUGGGUCCGACUCCGAUCAGUCCCACCUCGACUGAGUGGCUCCAGUUUUUUUUUUCUUUUCCCUCAGAGAUGAAUAGAGGUGCAGAUUAUAUAUAUAUAUGUGUAUAUAUAUAUAUAUAUAUAUAUAUAUAUAUAUAUAUAUAUAUAUAAUUAUAUAAUUAUAAAAAAGAUGAAUGAUUUAAUGCUAUCUAUGUAUAAUCUAGAUGUGUGUAUACUCAAAGCAAGUGUUUAUGAAUUGACUGCACGUUCAGUCCAGAGGAAACUCUCCAGCAGGCCAGUGAGGAACAGUUGUCAGAGCCCUAGUGGCCACACACGAGUACUGCACUUCAACUUCUGCUGCUCGCUAUGGGGCGUCUGGCUGCCUGCGAGUGUGUGUGUGUGUGUGUGUGUGUGUGUGUGUGUGUGUGUGUGUGUGUGUGUGUGUGUGUGUGUGUGUGUGUGUGUGUGUGUGUGUGUGUGUGUGUGUGUGUGUGUGUGUGUGUGUGUGUGUGUGUGUGUGUGUUCGUGGAGCUGCACCAUCCUGGAUCCCAUUAGAAUCAAGAAGUUGAACUCUUGCAGUGACAGUUCGUCAGCUGACGUGACAAUCUGAUGUCACUUCCUGUUGUAGAUUACGUAUGCGGCCGGGCAGCACGGUCGCUCUCUCGUCCCCGGCUCUGUACUGUCAUAUUGUAUCGAGUCGUCGCGGACGGGGACGUCGUCCAAACCAUUUCUGUGAUCAUAAAACUUUUGUCAGAAUUCAGAAACUUAAUUGAUCCAGUUCUGACAAAGUCUCGAUUCUGUUCAACCGUAGUUAUUUUUUCGCUGCCAAAUGAUAUUUUAGACCAAAAUUUAUUUGAACUUAGAAGUUGAAAAUGUUUGUUAAUCUUUAUUGAUUUGACAGCUUGAUGUAAAUUGUGUGCACGGUUCUGAACGGACGCCUUGUGCUCAUCCACGACUCAAACACUUAGUGACUUUGUAAUCCAGUCAAUCGACGUGACACACACAUUUAAAGUGAGGUGUGUGUGUGUGUGUGUGUGUGUGUGUACGUGCGUGCGUGCGUGUGUCAGUCGUGGGAGGAGCUCUGCCCUCUGUGUUUCCUCCUCGUCGUCUGAACUGAGCCAAUCACAAUCACGUGUCCACUCCGUGUUCUACUGGAUAAUUAUUCCUAUUAUUAUUAAUAUUAUAUUAAUUAUUGUUGUUGUUGUUGUUAUUAUUUAGACACAGCCCCCCAAACACACGCACACACACAUUUACUGCAGUUUCUCUUUAUUUAUUACAGCUGCUGUUUUUCUCUCCGUAAACUCGACCGAGACUUUUUCUUGUGCGUCUGUUUGUCCCUCGUGUUUUUGCUUUUUUGGCUCAAAAUGCUUAGAAUCUGUAACUUGGCCUUCUACGUGUCUCCUCGAUAGGAAACGACAGAGGACAAUGUGUCACACCUGGCUCCUCCUCCCUCGGCGUCGUGGCUCCACUUCCUGUUUGCUCCGUUCUACGUCGAGAUCGUCAGUAUUUAGUUUUCUUAUUUGUGUUUGUGCUCGUCUCGUCGCCGCCUCGGCUCUGUUCCGAUACUUUCUGUCGUCACGCGAGUUCGACUCCAGUGACAAAACGUGGAAACGUGAAGUUGUGUGUGUGUGUGUGUGUGUGUGUGUGUGUGUGUGUGCAUUGUGAUUUUUUUUCCAUGAUGAUCCAAGGUUAGAACUUAGAAAAAUUUAAAUUAAAAUCUGUUAAUAUAUGUAUAGAGAUAUAUAUAUAUAGAUAUAUAUAUAUAUCUAUAUAUAUAUAUAUUUUUAAACUUCCUCUCACAAUGUUAAAGAAAGAGAUUUUAUAAAAACCUUGGUCUCCGGAUCCUCGCAAAAACGUAACAGAUUCUUUCCUGGACCAUUUCUCACCCGUUAUUAAUAGUUCAUAUCAAUUAGUGCCAUUUGUUUUUGAAAUAUGGGCCGUUAAAUGCGACGCAACUGAACUUUGAAGUUUCAUUGGUCUGUGGCCACGUGGGGGCAGCAGAACCAGCUGUAAACACCGAAUCCCACCGCUCUUGACUUCUAACUAUGCGACGGGAACAUUGACAUGAUGAUGAUUGUUGGGGACUCCUGGGCUCCGGAGAUUCUACAGUGAAGUUACAGUGAAAGAUGAGAAUGUCUUCAACAGAGUGAACCAGCUCUCGUUCUGUGGUUCCUCUCCUCGUCGUCGCCCUCCUCCAAACCGGCUUCUCUUACACGUCGGGCUGUGUGUGUUUUCUGUGUGUGUCUGCUUGAUUGUGGGAAGUCCCGUCCACCUGCUGAGUAAACCUCGGGGGGGGGGGGGGUCAACGGCGGGCAGGACGUCCAAGUGGAAACUCACCGUCGAGGUUGACCCUUGUCACAUCCCAUCCGUCGUUUAAGCAACAGGCACGUAUCUGUGCGUCGGUGACAUCCAGCAGGCGAGCGGCUGCUGCUCUUCCAGGAACCGCUCGGCGCUUUGUGCAAGUUUUUUAUUGGGCAGACGGAGACGUGAGGCUCGGAGAGAAUCGGAGGAAACUCUGCUCAUCGUCUUCCUCAUCCUCGAGAUGAGGUGGCGGAUGAAUCAAACAAAUAUAUCAAGUCGCCGUGUGAGAGAGAAAACUUAAACCUGCCCUUAACAGUCCCUGUGUGUGUGUGUGUGUGUGUGUGUGUGUGUGUGUGUGUGUGUGUGUGUGUGUGUGUGUGUGUGUGUGUGUGUGUGUGUGUGUGUGUGUGUGUGUGUGUGUGUGUGUGUGUGUGUGUGUGUGUGUGUGUGUGAGGUUUCCUUUGUUUCUGUUGCUCAUCCGUUGCACAACGUGUGAAUACUCCGACGUGGCUCGUGAACGUGGAGCUUUGUGUUUCUCUGUCGCAGGUGGUAAACUGCUGGUGUCACUCGGCUGUACGCGACCGCGUCGUGUUCUUUGACUCGGGGGUCGGGGGUCGGGGGGUCAGUGCUACUGUACGUGGAAGAGGGUCCGUCGUUGCUCGGGGGAGAGAGUUGUCCCGAGUGCCCCAAUGGGAAGAGAAGUUCUCAGUGUGUGUGCGUGUACACGUCUCGAAAACGCCUCUGCUAUAAAAGACUGAUGACUGUUCAUUUAGAGCUCAACGAAUUUCUAUCAAUAUUUUAGAUUGCUCAACUGAUUGUGUGCAAUUGUAACGAUGGAAAUUCAAUAAUAAUAAUAAUAAAAAAGAGGUAUUUUUACACAACAA